GCAACCCCUAACCUGGAAGAUGAGGCUUUAUCAACUCUCCUAAUUGCAGCAAAUCUCCAUAUCUGGAAACCUACUCCUGAAACCUGAGGAUGUUUUGUGCCAUGGUGACAUGGGUGCGGAGGAGUAUAUUUGUACCUAAGAGGGAUGAAGUGACAGGAAGCUGGAGAGAAAUAUUAAGAUGAUUGAAUCAAGGACCAGAGCAUGUGGUGUGCGUGGGAGAGAUGAGAAAUUAAUUCAAAAUUUUUGUUGGAAAGGCUGAAUGGAGGAGAGCACAUACAAGACCUGUUUAAAAUUAAUCUUGACAGAAAUAGGUUUUGGCAGGUGUAGAUUGGAUUCAUCUGGUAGGGUUCUUUUACUGCGUAGAAAGUUGUGAACAAGGCAGUGCAUAGAGGUUAUGGCAUAGAAGAAUCUGACUUAUGUGGCGUUAUUAUUGUGAGGGUAGUUACAUCAAGAAGAUUGUAGUAAACAAGAAAUGUGAUGUCUAAGUGGGGAAGCCAUCUGGAAGACCAUGUAGUAUGUGGGAUUUUAAGAAAGUAGGUUAUGAGAAUGAAAAUUGAACUGUGUUGGUUUUUGGUAGGAUGUAAUGGACAGCUUUAAGAACAAUGUUUAUUUUACAGGUCUUUUUUGGGAUAGGCAAUAUCUAGCCAGUUCUAAUUUAGAUAUGUCACUGGUGCCUAGUAAAAAUAACUAUUUUCUUUGGUGGAUAUUGAUACAACAGAUUGCCAACCCACUGCACAUGUGUUGACAUUAACGCCCGUAAUGAUGUUGGUAUUAUGCAUUAUAAGAUUUUUAGUUUAUUCCAAAGAGGACACAUUUAUAAUUCUAUUAAGUGUUCUUUCGCUCUACAGUUGGCGAAGAAUACCUUUAGGUCCCUUUCAUUCCUAAAGCAUUUGCCAGCAGUCUCGUGCUCCCUUCCAUCGGUUAAAUUAUUAACUAUUUAUUGUGCCAUAUAAGUUAAAAUCAUUUUACAAGAUUCUCUGAGAUGAUGCCUUUCAUGACUUCAUCGGCCCCGAAGUCCAGCUAAAUGUAGGCGUUUUUGUUCUGUGAGUUCUGCGAGUCUCUGCUCAUCAUGAAAUUCUAACACCAGAUGGCGCGAAAGCUGUUUGGAUUACAUAUAUGGAAAGAUAUGAAACGAAAAUCUAUGAUUUGAAUCGUGCAGUAUUCUGUUGUAAGCUGACACAAUGGUUCGCUAUGCAGUUCUUAAAGGUUUUUAUGAACUUGAGAAAACUAUUGGCUGUGGUGGUUUUGCAAAAGUGAAGUUGGCAAUGCAUACAUUGACAGGAGAAAAGGUGGCAAUAAAAAUCAUGGAAAAGGCUCAUCUGGGUGAUGAUUUACCCAGGGUGGAACUAGAGACAAAAGCAUUAAAGAAUUUGAGUCAUCAACAUAUUUGCAAGCUGUUCCAGUUGAUUGAAACCGAUACACAUUAUUUUAUUGUGCUAGAAUACUGUUCGGGUGGAGAGUUGUUUGACCACAUAGUGGAAAGAAACAGAUUGGGCGAGGGAGAAUCCAGAUCUUUUUUCCGACAGAUUGUGUCUGCUGUCGCAUAUCUUCACAAUAUAGGUUAUGCACACCGAGACCUGAAACCUGAGAAUGUGUUGUUAGACAAGGAACAUGUUGUGAAGCUUAUUGACUUUGGUCUUUGUGCUAAGCCAAAGGGUGGAAUGGACUCUCACCUUUCCACAUCAUGUGGUUCACCUACAUAUGCAGCUCCUGAACUGGUUGUAGGAAAACGUUACCUAGGUUCUGAAGUUGACAUAUGGAGUAUGGGGGUCUUGCUCUAUGCUUUGCUGUGCGGCUGCUUGCCAUUUGAUGACAAUAAUAUAGACACUCUCUAUCGAAAAAUCAUUAGUGGAAGAUAUGAUGAACCAGAGUGGCUAUCUGUUGGCAGCAAGAGACUGAUAAAGUCAAUGUUGCAGGUUGAUCCCAAAAAGCGUAUUACUGUUGAUAAACUUGUUUGUCAUCCGUGGGUGACGCUUGGGUAUGAUGGACCAGUCAAUAAAGACAGUGUAUACGAUUUACAUGUGAGGGAUGAGGAAUGUCUGAAUGUGAUGUCACAAUAUUAUGGAAUGUCUUCAAGUGAACUGUGGCUACGACUUAGUUCUUGGAAAUAUGAUUAUGAUACUGCGACAUACCUGCUGUUAAUGACCAGGAAGAAACGUGGAUUACCUGUGAGGCUCGUUACUUCAUCUCAUCAUCCCUUCAUAUCGAGGCUUACUAUUGAAAGAAUGCUCAAAUCAGAGAAUAUUCCGAAUGGAAGAAAUAAGCAGGAAGACUUGUCACCGUUGCCAGCUCAGAAACAAACAAAUGAAACAUAUUUGGUUUUGACUGGAAAAGAAUCAACACCAGAUAGACGCGAAUGUAGUCCUGUAAUCCAAAUCAAGAAACCAGGGGAGGGAAAAGAAAACGAGCGUGACGCGAGGGCUGGCGCACCUAAUCGGAGGUCUGUCAAACGGUUCAGGAGUCCAGGUCUUCAUGAUGCUGCAUCUCCUGUGCCGACAAAAGUCUCGUCCCGUCAAGGAGCCGAUAGGAGGAACCGGCCGUCUACACCUGUUUCAUCGUCUACUGGAACUGAAGGCACCGAAACUCCAAACGAACCCCCGCUUUCUGCCCGCAAAGUCCUCGGUAGCAUCGAACGGGGUUUGAACAGGGUCCGCCAUGUUCUGACGCCACGGCGCCGAGCUGUAGCCACUGCUAACCGACCUGCAAUGCUCGGAACCAAGGGACUGUGCAAUGUCUCGACAACUUCCAGUAACAACCCCGAGCAGGUGCUGAUAGAACUUCGACGAGCCCUUGUCAGCAAGGGGAUUUCGUGCAAGCAGAAGGGAUUUACAUUGCGUGGGAAAGUGGAACAAGUGGCAGAUGGAUCCGUUAGUCAGAAGGGCACAGAUAAAAUUUACAACUGCAAGUUGACCUUCGAACUGGAGGUUUGCUUGAUUCCAGUUGGUUCUGGGUGUUCGUCUCUUCAGCAGCCCAUGGUAGGCAUCUUGCGCAAGAGACUCAAUGGUGACACAUGGUGCUACAAGAAAGUCUGCGAGGAAAUCCUUGCCCUGGCUGCCAUGGAUCUCUGACGCUCGUUCUCGAAGCUUAAUUUAAUUAAACCCUUCGAAUGUAUAACUUAAAAUGUUUGGUGUUUUUGUAGGGAAGAAAUGUAUUUUUACUACCAUUCAGCUUGUCUUCUUAAUUUUAUUAUCAUCACUCAUCUUGAAAUUAUGCCUUUAAAAUGCCCUCUUUUGGCAUUUUUUAAGUAACAAGAUCUUGCUUUGGAAAGGGGGACGGAAAGACGUUUUUAGAUUUUACAUUUAUCGUAAAUUUAUGGGUGAAGGUUUGAAUUCAUCGGCUUUUCUUAACACAGUCCUGCAUGCUAGUAUAACGGUCUCCUAAAAUUUUAAGAUUAGUCACAUUUAAAUUAAAAUUUGUAACCUUGGAAAAUUUCUUUGCUGGCUAAUGUUCAAUAGUAAUCGAUUUUUAAAUAUAACAGUAAAAGUAACAUUACUUAAAUUGAAGCUUGUAAUAUUUCAGGAGUAAGAAAAAUGAAAAAAAAAAUACAACUUUACUUAAUAAUCGUGUUUAAUGCGAGUAUUUGAAGUUACUUAAGAAAGAAAUUUGGUAUAUUCAGAUAAUUUGGAUUUGGCCAUUUAUGAAAAUUUGUACUUCCAUUAAAUCAGCGGAAUAUGUCUUCAGGUACUUCCAUAAGGGCUUUGACUGUUCAAGUGUCAUUAAAUGAAAACCAGCAAAAUUAAAAAAUAACUCAUGAUGAGGUUGUAAAUUACGUAGAAGGAAGAUUUGUAGGUGCACCUGAAAGGGAUGAGGUAGCAAAGGUGAGUAGGGUCUAGGAUACUGAGACGUGGAAGAAAUUGAGAAGUAAUGAGAGACAGGGGAUGAUUUGAAGGUACAAAAGGGGUGGAGGAUGAAUUUACUUAAUUCUACUGUUCUCUUUCCUAGGAAGUUAAUAAUCCAGAGGUGGAAUGAUUACCAUAAGAAACUUCUGGGAGACACCUAACUUGUCUCGCUGUUACGUGGAUGGAAUACGAUUGGUUUAUGAUGUUUGUAGUUUCACAAAGAUGUGAAGAUUAUCCACUUUUUAAAAUUACGUAAUUCGUCUUCAUUCUUGCAUUAGAAUCAUAAUUAAGUUGCAAGGUUGUUGUCACAAAAAUUAUUUUUUCUUUCGUUGUGUUUCGUAAUUUAUUUUGUAUAAAGGCUGUGACCGAAAUGAGACCACAUUCUUAAAUUAGUGGAGAUGAUAAAGGGUUUUAAAUAUUUUCUAAAUUGUCUGUGUUCAAAUCCACGUUCUUUCAAAUUCCAUUCGUUGUUACAGAAUUUUAACAGCAUUUUGCGUGUGUUAUGACUGAGUUCCGUGUUCGUUGCUGAAAACUUCCAGCGAAUAAAAUAGCGUUUUCUUAUCCAACUUAUAUUUUAAUGUAAUUGAUGAUUUACAAUGUGCAAGUAUCACAGAUUUAUGUUGAUGGCACACAGUGUUAUAUGUAAUUUGCCUGUGCCUGAUUUAUAUAUUCAUCUCCUUAAAAUUUAAAACAUUUUCCACUUUUGACAUUUACGAUGCUGUAGGGAUUUUUUUUAUAGAACUUAAUUCAUCAUGAGAGAAUGAGAGUAAUUUUACAGCAAUGAUCCAACUGUUUGAACGUGGUCUAAUGGGGGCACAGUCCAAAAUACAAAUCCCUUUGCUUUUUAAGCUAAAGAUAAAUAUUUGCUCCUCUCUAAUGUGAUAUAGAGCAGAAUUAAAAAUUCUGAUAUCUGUUGGAUACUUUUUCGCUAAAGAUAUAACAUUUUUGUAAUAGGUAGUUUGAGUUUGUGAUUGUCUUAAUUUCUGCUUAACGAUUCAGACUAUGGUUUUGUAUUGUGUGCUGUUUAGUUUUUGAAAGAUAAAUUCUGUACACGUUGUAA